AUGUCCGAACCGGAUACGAUAUAUCUUGAUGAAAAUGACGAGAAUCUCUUUCAGCGACAGGUCUUCGGACAAGUCGAUUCACCAAACGGCAGUCUGAAGCGAAGUCAAUCCGAUGAUUACUUAUCGUCAGCUAUGGUUGCUGAUGAAGAGGAAGAAGAGUUGGUACAGCAACCGACCAGACCAAUUCGAAAAACGAAACCAAUAAGUCAAAUUCCGAAGUUGAAAGCAACAAAGAAGAUUUCUCAAUCGAUGAUUAUCACGGACUAUAAAUCACCAUUAACAUCAUCGAAACGGGACUCGGGAUCAAUAUCGGUAUCAUCUGUGAAAACACCACGUCAGUUACUCGUGAUGCCUUCUAUAAAAAGUCGUUCAGUACAAGGUGUUUUGAUCAGAGUGUUUCGCAACGGUGAACCUCAUCAUCCUGGUAUUAAAAUCUCGAUAAAUGAACUAGAAAUCAAAUCUUGGGAAGCGUUUCUUAAUUAUCUCAAUCAACAAGCUAAACUCGUUCUCCCAACUGGCGCUAUCAAACAUGUCUAUGGUCUCAAUGGCUAUGAGAUUCGUUCGAUUGCUAAACUACAAAAUCGACAAGCAUAUGUCGUUGCAUCAGGAAUCUUCAUAAAAACCAAAUUUCAGCAUGCAAAUGAUCCAUUCACGGAAGAUUCUGAACCUCCAACUGCUGGUCAACCUAAAAAUGGUCAUUUUCGAAUACCGGGAACUAAACGUUGGCGAUCACCACCAAGCAAUGGGGAUCAGAUUUUUAUUCUACCCUACUCUCGAUUGAAUCUUUAUGAAAGUAUUUUACUUAAUCGAAAUACAACAACAACGUACGAUCAAUGGCUAAUCGAAGAAGUAACAGAUUUGCUUUCACAGUACACUGGUAAUGAUAUCAUCACACAUUUAUAUGCAAUAACAAAAACAGUUUUUACUGAAGUAACAAGUUUCUCGUAUCUGUUCAAUACUCUGAAAGUGACAGAUACGUUUAUUGCAUGUACAGAAGAAGAAUAUCAACAUGCAAAACGUUAUUUAGCAACAAUGAAACCAGAUGAUUUCUUUGCCAAUAGUUCAUUGACCAGAAAACCAGUCAUGGGCACACAACGAUAUAUUCCUAAACAAGUUCAUAUCGAUGCAAAAUUAGCAAUUAAGUGGAUCCAUGGCUAUGAUGGAACAAAAGAUCAAACAAAAACUCUUCAUGCUCUAUCGGAUCAUGAAGUUCUGUAUGUUAUCGGCGCUAUCUGUGUUAUAUACGAUCCCGCAGCAAAGCAGCAACGGUUCUAUACAAAACAUACAAAUCCGAUAACUUGUGUGACAACACAUCAAUGUCAUACACUUGUUGCUUCAGCAGACACAGGUGCGCCCAAAGAUCGUACUCGGGUGUCGCUUCAUAUCUGGGACUCGAGCAAACUUCAAACUGUGGCUGAAAUGCGAAAAGAACAGUUUGGUAUCGAAAUCAUUCUCUUAUCUUUUUCACCAAAACCUGAUGAUAAUCUAAUUCUGAUGGUUGCACGUGAUAAACCAAAAAUUCUCUUAGUCGUGGACUGGAAACGCGGCGAAGUAAUUCACAGUAUCACCAGUAAAUCAGAUAAGAUUCUCUCGGCAUUAUUUGUGUUCGACACUAUUGAAUGGAUUGCUUGUGUCAGUCAGCAGCAUUUAGUAUUCUAUCAAAUCAACUGGAAUGCUAAACCAUUACGAAUUACCGCUCAGAAAGAAUCUGAAGUUCAAAAUAUCUAUACCGGUGCAAUUGCGAGCGACCAUUCUGGUGAACUACUGGUCGUCGGUGAUAAAGUAGGCAGUUUACAUGUCUGGAGCUUAGUUCAGGAUGGACCAAAAUUAGCCGUAGUUAAAGAAAGCGUUAUCGAAAAUGAUGUGCAUAUCAUUGUCUGUAUCAAUCACAAUAUUUUUCUUCUGGCCAACGGACAAAAUCACAUCAAAAUUUGGAACGUUGGUCUAAAUUCAUUUGAGCAUAUACAGAUCAAUGAAAUUUUUGGUACGACGCAAACCAUUUGCAGUCUACAAAAAGGUUUAGUGAUUGGAACAAAAUCCAAUUAUAUUCUUAUGAAAGAUUUCGACAGUGACAAUGUUGACAUUAUUAUGCGAGGACAUAUUACCCCAUCGAUAUGCAUUUGUAGUAAUAAAAAUACUGAUGAGUUCUUCUCGAUCAGUUCGGAUCGGUAUUUGUUUAAAUGGAACAAUCGGAUCAAAUCAGUCGACUGGGCAAUUAAAUCUCCUCAAUUGAUCUCAUGUGCCGCACUACAUCCGGAAAGAAAUAUAAUCGUUCUUGGAACUGAAACUAGCAAAUUACUUAUCUAUGAUACUUUAUCUUCGUAUUAUAUAACGACAAUUACAUUGAAAGCAAAUACAGGUGUUAAAUCUGUUCGUUUUUCACCAGAUGGUGGAGACUUAGCGAUCGGAUUGCAGAAUGGAUCGGUCUUUGUAUUCAAUGUCAUCGGUAACGGAGAUUUCCAACUUCGAACUGACGGUGCACCACAACAAAUUAAUGUCCCUGUUACGGAUAUCAUAUGGUCAGUGGAUUCGAGUUAUCUCCUUGCGGUUUAUAGUGAUAGUAAUUAUCAUAUCUGGUCAAUGCCGGCGUUUAGUCUUAUGAAAGAGAAAAACAUUCAGAACAUCACCUGGCAACAAAUGACACACCCCAUUACUUGUUUUACCUUUGAUAAAGCAGUUAUCGAUUCGCAAGCGUCGGCUAUUGUUAUAUCACCAAAUCUGAUCCUUUGUUGCAGCAAAGACGGACAAAUUCGUGUGUUUGGAAAUUUUUAUGAGCGAAGUUCGCAGAUUCUUCCGACAGGUCUUGGUAACGUUCAAACUCUAAUUCCAUCCACACAAAAAAAUAUGUAUCUCAUGUCGAUGAAUAACAAUCCUGCAAUAGUCGAAGUGGAAAUAAUCGUCGAGUCGCAGUAA